AUGUCGAGCACUCCAAAUGAUACGCCUCAGCGGGCAACAGCUGCUCAGUUGGCCACAAGGAGGAUCAAAGAACUCAACAAGCGUAGAGCCAAGCCGGCCACGCAAACCGCUCCUCAGACACCAUUCUCAUUUGGCGAUACGGGCCCUUCAAGCUCUGGAGCUUCCAAUGGCUUUUCCUUCGGUCAAUCUCAAAGCUUUCCUGCACCGAGUGCUUCAGGUGCCCCUCAAAAUGGCUCCCAGUCUGUUUCUUUCGGUGCUGGGAGUGGCUCCUUCAAUUUUGGGGGGUUCAAUUCUACUCCUGCCAACAACCCAUUUGCCAAUCUGAACGGCGGCAACGCACAAAUUCAAAGCCAGAAUCAGCAAUCCAACAUCUUCGGUGCCAAAAGCUCAACUCAGCCUGCACAACCCUCAGGUCAGGGCAUAUUUGGUCAAAAUUUGAACUCAGGCUUCCAAUCUCAACCAGCAAGCACCGUUCCCAACCCAUUCGCAAAGCCUACUCCUGCUCCUACUUCUGGUCCGCUUUUCCAAUCACAGCCUGCCUCGACUGGUCCAUCAUUGUUUGGACAAACAAAGCCGACAAGCACUGACGCCAACCUCUUCGGACGAGCCGCAUCUCCUGCUCCUGCAUCUACCCCAACAACAGCAACCACUGCUCCAAGCUCACUCUUCGGUCAAAAUUCUACAUCUGCUGCUCCUAGCUCCCCGCUCUUCCAGUCUAAACCUGUAACAAAUGUGGGCUCAACUCUUUUUGGUCAAAACCCCCCUCCACCCACCACGGGCACUACGAACCUGUUUGGUCAGUCAGUCGGUGCUUCUUCCGCCGGUACCACUACAACCGCCGCCGCGACAAACGGCCCUACAUCUUUGUUUGGAAAGACCCCUUCUGCCUCUAGUGGCUCGUCAUUGUUCCAACCUAAACCUGCCAUCUCUGGAACACCUAAUAUUUUUGGGCAAACUCCUACUAUCGCAGCUCCUGGUGCGUCUUUGUUUGGACAAUCUGUAGGAGCGAAGAAUGAUAGCACCCCUCGUUUCACUCCGUCCACACCAGCCAAGGCCAGCGGCUCUUUGUUGGGCAAUGCGCCUUCAACAGGUACUUUCAACUUUGGACAGGCAACUGCUACAACUCAGAAGCCUCUAUUCAAUCUCACUACCGAUUCUGACGACAUGAGCACUUCCCCCGAUGGUAAGCGCAAACCAAGCGAACAACCUUCAGCUGCUCCUUCAAACAUUUUCGGCCAGAAGCCGGCAGAGAGCUCCGUUCCAUCUGCAUCCAACGUCAGUCGUCCUACGUCUUCGCUUUUUGGCACUUUUACUCCAUCAGCGACCGCCAACCCUCCUUCGCCAAGCAUUAGCGCUUCUAGUAAUAUUUUUGGCCAGCAACAAUCAAGAUCCGUUUCACCUGCACCAAACGGUGUCACAACCACAGCUAGUUCUGUAUUUGCACCCACUACCACCGCUUCGACUGGACCCCAUCCGUUUUCAUCACUGUUUGCAGCCAGCUCCAAUAAACCAGCUACAAGCCCAGCGCCAGCUCCAGCUCCAUCGGCUUCUGCAACGACUGCUCCGCCAACUCAAUCACUUUUUGCGGGAAGUUCAAAGUCGGCCACAACCACCGCGCCGUCCCAAUCACUUUCUGCCGGAGCUUCUCAACUAGCUCAAAAAGAGACUAUGUUUGCAUCUCAGCUCAGCCCCGGCAAGAGAAUGGGAGCCGAAAUUAUGGAUCAAGGUCUCUCCAAAAAGUCUGCGGCUACACCUCAAGUUUCUGCUGAGGAAUCUCUUGAACAGGACAAGAGAGCCCAAAUUCGUGAUCUGAAUCGUAGCUUCAAAGAGCUUAUUCCUUCCUACGAUCCUGAGACCCAGAGCUUGGACAGUAUCAUUCUCCAUUACAUUCGUAUGCGACGGGUGAUCGGCGUACCGGUCGGUUCACUCACUAACAAACCUGGCAAACGCAAGCUUGACGAUGCGCAUGGGAUUGAAUCACCUGUUCAAAGGCCAACAACAAAGAAGUCCAGGGGUCAAGAGGCUGAGCCAGUACUUCCACUUUUUUUACAACCUUCUUCGUCUUCUGGUGACAAGCGAAAGUCGACUGAAAAUCUUGAUGAUAGCGUGAACAGUAAACGCCGGGCUCAACCUUUUGUGCGCCCUACAACCCAGGCAGGUGCAGAUGGCAAGUCAGAAACGGCUAGCAUCUUUGCAAGUUCAUUCUCCGCACCCAAAGAUGCCACUCCAGCUAGCACAGCCUCUAGCAGCUCUAAUCUAUUCAGCUUUGGUGCUUUACCCGCUAAAGAAACCACUCGUCCGGCAUCUCCCCAGAAGGAACAGCCGGAAACAGCUGUCAAACCCGCUUUCGAGGUCCCCAAGUUUGGCAAUCUUGCCGGCCAGAAUUUUGCUAGCCAGUUUGGUAAGGGAAGUUUUAAGGCGUCUUCAGCUGAUGCCCCUAAGGUUCAACUUGAGGUUCCUAAGUUUGGAGCUUCUGGACAGAGCUUUAUGAGUCAGUUUUCUCAGAAAGCCAAAGGUGAUGAUACGGACGAAGACAGCAGUGACUCCGAAGCAGAGCAUGUUGUCGAAAAGAAAGUUGAGAAACCCAGCUCCGUGCAACCACAAUCUAACGCCUUUUCUGGUUCCGUUUUCGACAGCAAGCUCGGAGCACCCUCUGUCGGAAUACAUAACAUUUUUGGACACUUGAACGCUUCCACUGCAACCUCAGAUGUUGGAGAAUCUUCCGAUGACGAUUUGACAGAGGAGCUAUCCAAGCGGGCCGAGAAGAGCAAGCCUGAUUCUGAGGCUGAACCAAAAACAACAACCAGCUUGUUCGGUCGUAUCACCAGACCUGACGGGACACCUGUCAAUCUGAGCUCAGAUGAAGAAAAAGCAGAGACGCCCAAGGUCAACCCACUUUUCGGACAAACUACUCCUAGUACAUCCCUCGCAGCACCCAACAGCACUCCCCUGUUCAGCCCAGCAUCCGCUGCAAAGGCAUCUAACAUCUUUGGGGGAUCUUCCAUACCAUCAUCAACAUUCAAUCCCUUCUCGUCUAGCCUCAAUCCUGCCGCUCAACUCCUUGCUAAAGAGGGAACGACCACCGCGAGCGUCACAUCUGAUUCGAACGCGGAAGACACCGACACUGAAACCCCGAAGGAUGCUCAACUUAAUCUUUUGACUAAUGCUGGCGAAGAAGAUGAAGACUGCAUCUUUGAAGGCCGCUCUCGAGGCUCGAAAUACGUGGACAAGUCGGAGGGCGGAAAGACCGAGAAGUCCUGGGAAGUCCAGGGUGUUGGUCCCCUCCGUGUUCUUGUGAACAAGGAAACAAAGCGUGCUCGUCUCCUGCUACGUGCCGAUCCUAGUGGAAAAGCUGUCCUCAAUACAGCCAUUAGUCGCGCCAUAGACUACAAGUUUCAACCCGGCGGUUGCUCGUUUUUAGUGCCUCGUCGGGAUGGUUCUGGUUUGGACAUGUGGAUGCUUCGAUUCAAGAAAGAGAUUACUGCAGAAGUUGAGAAUGCCGUGAAGACGGCCAAAGAAGGUUUGCCUCAGUAAGGGAAUGAUGAAUUGUCAUUUUUUGCGAUCGAUUUGCAUGAAGAAGCAUUUGUUGAUGAUUUUCACGGAGUUCUCCCCAGGCAUGAUAUCAACGUGUAUUGUAGCAGUGUAUUUUACUUUCGACUUCGAUGGUGGAUAUCCAGUUCUUCAGGAAUAAACACAAUUCAUUCUCGAA